AUGGGCAUCAAUAUGCAGCUUACUCAAGGUUCGGGAUUUGUCCAUGCAUGCUGCAAAGAAGUUCUCACACCUGACUGUAGAGUGGUGCUCCAGAAGACAGAUACUCUGGAAUUCCUUGAUGAUUUUUCUGGAUCCAAUUCCAGCAUGAAAUUAAACGCACGGAAAUUGCUGAACGUGCCCCUUUUCCAACCUUUUGAAGUGGAUCCAAAUGUUUACAAGGAAUAUAAGGUGUUUUUAGAAAACAAAUCAAAGAACUGGAUCUUGAAGGCCAACUCUCUUUUUCUAUAUCAAGUUUUUCCUGGUAAUACUUCUUCGUGGCUGCACCUCCUUCACCAUGCUAUAAAGGAAAAACAGUAUCGUAAGGUGGAGAAUCUGCUCCAUUUUUUCAGAGAGUCCUGCCCUGAUAUAAUUAAUCAACUGGAAACUUCAUCAGGCCUGAGAGCCCUGCACACGGCAUGCCAGACUGGACAAUUUAAUGUCGCGCUGGCACUGCUGGAAAGUGGGGCGUCCAUAAACAAGACUAGUAAAAAAGGCCAUACGGCGUUAGAAUCUGCCAUAUUAGGACAACACAAAGGGAUUUGCCAGCUUUUAAUUGAGUGGGGGUGCAGUCUACCUGCCAAGAACAUCAAAGGACAGAAAGAUCUGAACGUUAAUUUAAAUCACGACCAAGACCUCAGAGACUAUUGCAAAAGUUAUAGUGAAAUGUGGCAAUCUAUAGUUCCCCAAGUUAUUCAGGGAAACAUUGAAUCCAUAAAAAAGAUUGUAGAAGAUCAUACAAAUGGACUUCAAGUUAUGGCCAGUCUGAGGAGCAGGUGUAUUGAUGGAAGCACACUGUUGCAUGUGGCUGCAUAUUAUGGAGAAGCAGAACUCGUUGAGACACUUUUGCAAUUACAACUUGAUGUAGAUAUAUUAGAUUACAAAGGGGCAACCGCUUUGCAACGCAGCAGAGAUGUGAAAAUAAUGCAGCUUUUACUAAAGCAUGGAGCUGAUGUAAAGUGGAGUGAUGAUGAUGGCAAUACAGCUCUACACAUGGUUUGCUUUGGUGAGCCAGGGAAGCCCUCCACUAUUGACUGUUUGCUGUUUCUGAUUUCUCAAGGAGCAUCGAAGAAAAAGCAAAAUAAAAAAGGCCUUCAAGCAGUUCAUUGUGCUGCUAUACAAGGUCGAAUAGACGUUAUCGAGACUAUCGUGGAAUCUUAUGCUACAGAAUGGGGUAGAAUCCACAAAGAGAUGAUGGAAAAGAACACACCAAGCCUUCCAUAUCUUGCAUUAUCUAACAACCACUUGGAGUGUACUAAAUGGUUACUUUCAAAAGACAUAUCCUUCAAAGAAAGAGAACAGGAAGAAUUGUUGUUUUACAUAAUUUACGAUGAUGUUCAAACAGAAUGCCAUGUGCAGAAUAUCCGUUUUCUCAUUAGCAAUGGAUUGAAUGUGAACACCUGUGACAGCUGUGGAAACAGUGCUUUGCAUUUGGCUGCUCUCCGCAUCAACUGUUAUGAGAUUCUUCAACUGCUAUUGAGUUCAGGAAGUGAGGUUGAUGUGCAAAAUGACAGAAACAUGACUCCUCUUUUUAAUGCCAUCUUUGCAUCAAACUUUCAUGGAGCUAAACUUUUGCUUGAUUAUGGAGCAAAUGUGAAGCAUUUGGAUAAUCAAGGAUUUACUGCAUUUGCACACAUUCAUAACACUGAUGACUGGAUUGCAUGUGGUCUAUUCAGUGAUGACAUAAAUGAAUUAUUAAAAGCUUAUGAACUGCAGAAGGAAGUUCGGUUUGUAAAACAUGUGGCUAACCAGAUAAGGAAGAGUGAAAGUUCACAUCGUUAUUCUAGAAUUAUAGGCGUCCAUGAAUUGCUUACCUUUAGAAGUCUGCAUCAUUGA